AUGGCUUGGCUAUUCUCUCUACGACUGCACGGCAGAGUUUCGUCUCUUCUGGCUGCACACACACCUGUUGCAGUGCGGCGCCAGCUGAAUUCGUGCUUCCCCUCCCCCCCCUCUCCCAUGCAGCCCAAUAACACAUACUACGUGCUGGACGUGAUGGCAUGGCGCGGCUAUUCUCUCUACGACUGCACGGCCGAGUUUCGUCUCUUCUGGCUGCAAACGCACCUGCCGCAGUGCGGCGCCUGCGACCCGCCCUCCCACUUCCACCGUUUCCGCUUCGCUCCCGUGCCGUUUUUUGAGUGCCACUGCCAAGGGCUCGAGGCUGCUUACUUGCCAACGACUGCACGAGUGGAGUUCACUCGCGAUGGGCUGCUCUUCCACAACCGCCACUCCCACUACGCGUUGGGGCUCUCGCCUUUGGUGCUGCAGUGGAAGGACGUGGCGUGCAGUCGGUUCGCUCCCCUCUUCGCCCCUCCAUUCACAUUUCCCUCCCUCCGUACACAAAUCCCUCCUUUCUAUCACCCUCUCAGGCAUUCGCACUACACGUUGGGCCUCUCACCGCUGUUGCUGCAGUGGAAGGACGCGGCGUGCAGUCGGUUUGUGAUUGACACGGAUGGAUCGGGGAAGAUUCCGGAGCAGCAGCAGGUGGUUCUCCUGCUGGCAGCAGACGGCUCUCUGGUGACAAGUGAUGACCCUCCAGUGGUCUUCGGCUCCUUGCCCCCCCACACUCUCAAUGAUCCCUCCCUGCACCUGCGCCCCAACAAGCUGCUGCGAUUUGCCGUAGGUCCGGGUGGGUUGCAUCUAGAGGAGGGGCGAGUGGUGGGGGUGGACCUGCUGUUUCAGGGCGCAGCCAACCAGAGGAGAGGUGGCGCUGACAGCUGCUCCAAGAUCCUGUUUCAGUAUGCGGCUCGGCACUCCCCUCUCACUAUUCAACACAUCACAGCUGCAGUUGUACUAGGGCAUGAAGGUUUCCUCGGAGGAGCAUUGCUCUGCGCGCUGCGCUCAUUCAGCUCCGCCAUGCCUGUGCGCCUCCCCUUCUUCUCCGCCCCAAGCGGGCCUGCGCGUCAGAUUUCCGCCGUUGCGCACAGUCAUGCCUUCCUCCGCACCCAUCACCAUGCGCUCGUGCAACCUGCUCCCCCACUACUCCCCCUCAUGGUCCCCCGGCCGCACCACCUCGGGCGCUCUCCCGACGAUCACUCGAGCCCCUUUUUUCGCGCCCGUCCCUCCGAUUCGGGGCAAACCUGCUGCGCCGCUCACCCCAACCGUCGUCGCGUCCUGCGCUCGUCCGACCUGCUUCCCCACAUCCUCCCCCACAUGCUCCCCCGCCCCUCCCCCUCCGCCUCCUGCGCUCUCCCCGCGACGGCCCCACUUGCGCGCCUCUAUCCGACGCAACGUGUUCGAUCCAACGGGAUGGACGCAAUGGCGCCGAGUGAGGAGCGUCAGGAAUUGUGUGGAAGGAUGCGGGAUGGCAGCAGGGUGACGGUGGGCGUGCUGUCCAAGUGGGUGCACAUCGGCCGGGGGUGGGCGCCAAGGCUCUUCCUUCUCAGACAGAAGCUUCCCGAUCGGUACGAUCGUGUGGCUCUUAUAGGGAGGGCUGUGUCGGACCUGAUUGGUGACUAUAACGAAGGGAUUCUGCGCAAGGGAGAGGAGGAGGAGGGUGGGGAUGUGGGAGAAGGUGGGGAUGAGGAGGAGAGUGAGGAUGAGGGAGAGGGUGGGGAUGUGGUGGUGGAGGGGGAUGAGGGGGGUGGAGAUGAGGGAAAGGGCGAGGAAAAGGGAGAUAGUUCAAGAUUCCAAGGGACGGAGAGAAAAACGCAACUGAUGUCAGGAGAUGAGGAGGAGGAGGAGGAGGAGGAGGAGGAGGAGGAGGAGGAGGAGGAGGAGGAGGAGGAGGAGGAGGAGGAGGAUGAGGAGGAGGAGGAUGAGGAGGAGGAAGGUGGGAAAGGAGAUGAGCAAAGGGAGGGGAAGGGGCAAACUGAGGCCAAGGGAGAAGCGGAGGAGGCAGAGGAGGAGUUGAAGAGGCAAACUGAGCAAGUCAAGGGGGUAGUGCUACCUCCCACAGAAAACCGGCAGGGGGCAGCAGUAGGCCGCAGCGACCCCACUAAGUUCUAUCUUGCCACGUCAGCACGCACGCUCAUCCUGUGUGCUGAGUCAGCAGAAGACCGCUCCCUCUGGCUGCAAGCUAUCGAGGAUGCAAGGCUUUCUUUCCCUGUGCCUGCUGGAUUGGUUGCUGCUGCUGAUGCGGAUACCGCAGCCACAGCUUCUGCUGCUGCUGCUGCUGAGCCAAUCUCUCCUGCUCUCUCCUCCCUCGGGAUUGCCUCUCUUUCUCCUAUGCCGCCUCCUGCCCUUGCAUCUGCUGCCACACCUGCUGCAACUGGUGGUAACGAUGGCGAUGACAUCAGCAGCGGUCAUGGUGACGUGGACAUAGCUGAUGCUGCUGAUGCGGACACAGAGCCGCUGACUCCGUCACACAUUUCCCUCCAUCCUAUGGUCGAUUUCCUGAGGGCUGCUGACGUCAGCGAUGACGUCAUCAUGAAAUGCGAGGAGGUGGUUCGGCGGCAGGUGGUGGCGCGGGUGUUGUUGGGGGAGCGGCGUGCAAAGGAGCAGCUUAUAACGAGGAUGAAGCAGCUGGAGGUCGGCUUCUCCUACCCUUUCGUCCCACGUCGCACGCGCCUCCCACUACCAGACAAGCAAAACCGCUCGGGCAGCCUGGCUGGGGGGCUGUGGGCGGCGCUGCGCGAGUGCGUGGGGCGGGAUUUGUCCCGAGUGUGCCUGCCGGUGCAGCUGAACGAGCCAAUCGGGUUGCUGCACAAGUGCGCCGAGGAGAUGGAGUACAGCUGGCUGCUCGACCGGGCGGCAGAGUACGGGCGGCGGGUGAGUCGGUGGGUGGCGGGUGAGGGUGUGGGCGGCAGAGUACGGCCGGAAGGUGAGUCGGGCGAUCAGCUAAUGAGAGCCCUCCACGUGGCAGCCUUUGCCAUGUCAGGCUAUGCCAACACCAGUGCGCGCAUGCACAAGCCCUUUAACCCGCUGCUGGGGGAGACUUACGAGGCGAACUACCCCGACAAGGGCUUUAAGCUGCUCGCAGAGAAGGUGAGUCACUUGUGCCAGAAAGUGAGUCACUUGUGCCAGAAGGUGAGUACUCACCUCCAAUUCCCAGCUGCCGUUCUGCCUGCUAAUGGUAGCAGGCAGACAGGUGGGUGUUCUGACACUCUGUGCAGGCAGACAGGUGUGUGUGCCACCCUGCUCCUGUGCUGCCUACCACGCCACGAGUGCUGCUCGUGCUGUCCAGCACUGGUGGUGAGCCCACCCUCACUUGCCCUUCUCCCCACCCUCACUUGCCCUUCUCCCCACCCUCACUUGCCCUUCUCCCCACCCUCACUUGCCCUUCUCCCCACCCUCACUUGCCCUUCUCCCCACCCUCACUUGCCCUUCUCCCCACCCUCACUUGCCCUUCUCCCCACCCUCAAACCGCUGCUGGGGGGAGAAGGGCGUGUGAGAGCGCGCAUACAAGGUUCUGAACCACCCCCCAACGGUGGCAGCGCACUGCUGGGGCAACGGGUGGCAGCUGUUUGGAGACUCGACCCUCAAGAAUUCUCAAAAGUCUUCUCCUCUCACCUGUUCUUCUCCUCUCAACGUUCAGUUCUGGGGCACGUGCUGCCCUCCGUUCGCACUGCUGUAGGUGCGCUUCUGGGGGCUGUCCAUGCACCUGCAGGGGCUGUCCAUGCACCAGGUGCAUGGAUAAUCCCCUUCCUCCCUCUCCAUGCACCUGGUGCAUGGAUAAUCCCCUUCCUCCCUCUCCAUGCACCUGGUGCAUGGAUAAUCCCCUUCCUCCCUCUCCAUGCACCUGGUGCAUGGAUAAUCCCCUUCCUCCCUCUCCAUGCACCAGGUGCAUGGAUAAUCUCCUUCCUCCCUCUCCAUGCACCUGGUGCAUGGAUAAUCCCCUUCCUCCCUCUCCAUGCACCAGGUGCAUGGAUAAUCUCCUUCCUCCCUCUCCAUGCACCUGGUGCAUGGAUAAUCUCCUUCCUCCCUCUCCAUGCACCAGGUGCAUGGAUAAUCUCCUUCCUCCCUCUCCAUGCACCUGGUGCAUGGAUAAUCUCCUUCCUCCCUCUCCAUGCACCAGGUGCAUGGAUAAUCUCCUUCCUCCCUCUCCAUGCACCUGGUGCCAUGCGGUGUGGUUCCGGGGGCCGUCCAUGCACCUGGUGCCCAGUGGGGUGUCAUCUCGACCCCCCUUCCCCCCCUUCCUAUGCCUUCCUCCUCCCCUCCCCCGCUCCACCCCGCUCCCUGCAGGUGCGGUUCUGGGGGCCGUCCAUGCACCUGGUGCCCAGUGGGGUUAUCUCCGUGGUGCAGAACGAGCAGGGGAAGAAGCUGGCGAAGCUGCACGGCUGUUGUGUUAUCUUGGUACCCACGCUCCCCAAUGCAGUGGCCCACCUCCCCCCCUUUUCACCCACCAACCACCAGGUGCAUGGGCACGUGCAGAACGAGCAGGGGGAGAAACUGGCGAUGCUGCACUGCUGUUGUAUUCACUAG